AUACUGAAAGAAGAGAUACAAUAUAUAUAUGAUACAAAGUAGGUAAAAAUGCAGUGCGUAAAAUCAAUAAACAUACUACCUGCGUCAAUGAUGGUAAGUAAAUACCAGCAAACACACAAUGUAUAAACAUCUAAAACAAAACAAAAAAAAUUUCUGACAAUUUAAUGACACCAGCAUCUACUUUUCAUAGUUAAUACAGUUCCCUCGCUUUUUUUUCUUUUUACCUUUGUUUGACCUCUACAUUCCUAUUAGCUUCUGCUACAGUAUUGGUCUCCUGCCAUGAUAAUUAUAGUAACUAUAUAUAUCUAAAUCUAGCACUUGUAAUUUUACUCAUUUUCUUACUGGCAAAAAUAAAUUUAUAUUUUUAUUACUUCCAGAACACUGCACAUAUUUUUGUCACUAGGUUUUAUAAAUGACUUCUAACUUGUACAAUACAUUCAUAAGCGUACAUAAGUGGCAAGUAUGAGAUAUUAUUUAUUAACAAUUUGUUUUACAAUCAUGUAUAUAAAAUAUUCUAGCUUCUCGAGAAAAGUCGCUAAUUAAAGUCAAUGAAGAAGGCAAUUAAUUUAGCAAAGCUUUGCAUACCACCAUCCUGAAAUAAGUUAUAGUUAGACUAUAGCUUGUAUUUUUGAGAUGGUAUAUAUUGCAAGGAAGUGGUAUGCCAGAAAAUUUGGGAAAAAACAACGAAAACAAACAGCAAGAUGCUAAAAAUACUGAAUAAAUAGAUUAAAUUUUUUAGGGAUUUUAAUUGCUUAAAUCACGAAUUUUUAAACAUGUAAUAAUUUCGAAAAGUAGGAAUAAGACUAUUCCAAGACAUGGAUUCAAGAUUUCCACAAUUUUUCUAAUAGUUCCUAUUUAUAAGAACACACACACAUACCAUAAAUUUUAUGUCAGGAAGUUAUAGGUAGUUAAAAACACAGAGUAAAUAUGUUGAUGUCAAUGGUGUAAAAUUCAAACCAACUAACUUUUGAGAGGUUUCACAGGGUCUGUAUUAGGCCCAAUGCUUUUUCUAAUCUCAGUUGGUUUGGAUAUACAACCAGAACAAGAGAUAUGGGUAGUUACCUAGCUUUGUAGAUAUCACACUAACACUAAAAUAGAUUAAUGUCUCUUGCACACCUUUAAAUUUCAAAGUGAUUUAAAUACAAGUGUUUAAGCAUCUAAAUUAUGAGAAAACAGACUUUUUGAAACCACUUUAUGUUAAAGGGAUUGAAAAGUUAAAGUUACUCAUCAAGUUUUUCAGAAUUGUUCAAAAAUUCAAUCUGUUCUAGGCUGUAUUAAAUCUAAAUUCAAAUUCAUCUGUAUCAAUUCUGUCCUUAUUACCCCCUGUCAAGUUUUCUCAGUCUUUGGCCCUGUAACUAAGUGUCUAUAUCUUUUUACCUGAUUAUCUUCCUUCAUUUUUCCAAAUGUGCCCACCAACCCAAUCUUCUUAUGUUUAUAACAUCUUAAAUGCUAGCCUGCUUCUUAGCUUAUCAAACCUCUUUUGUCUCUUAGACUGUCAUUACACAUUAACCUACCAUUCUUUUAUCAUUUAUUUCUAAACAGUCAAAAUCCUCUUAAUUAAACUAUGAUGUUACAAUCAAAAAAUUUCUGAUUUACCAUUUUCACUUGGACUAAACCCAUAGUGAAAAUGAAGUUGUAAGAAAUUAUAUAUAUCUAAAUUAUCUCUGAAUCAUGACACAUUUUUUGUUACACCAAAAGGAGAUGGUCAAAUUCCUCUUAUUCAAAAAUCCAUCACUUUGCUCAAAUGCUUAUAUAAUAAUAGUUUAUUACAAUGUUACUGUUUUUUUGUUUUUUGCUGCUCUAUCUUGCAAAGUUUUAUGAGAAUUUAGGGACAAAACAGUGUUUAUUGCGUCAUUUUCUAGGAAAAUGGAGGGGAAUUAUCAAAAAGGUUCCAGGCCAUUACAACAAACAAAUACUUUCCAAAAAAGAAUUUGGGAGAAUUUUUGUGACCAACUUUUAAAUAAUUUAUAAUAUAAGUUGUUUUAAAAGUUUGUUUCUCUUUAACUUUGGAAUAAGGAAGGUGUGAACAAAUAUGUAAACAUGUAAAAUAAUAUUUUAGAAGGAAUAAUGUUUUCCGUAUUUUGCGUUUUAGUGGUUUAAGUGGUUCUGACCAAGAAGAGGUUCUUUUCACAAAUUUAAAUGGAAUGACUUAUGUCAACAGAAAAAAAAGAAUGCUGUUCCAAGAUUUUGUUCUCAAAAUAGCUGGAGAAAUACAAGAUAAUUUCAAUAUACAUUGGGUAAUGUAUUUAACUCCAAGGCCCGAUGUGGAGGAAAAUGACAGAUAUAUAGUUUUAUCUCAAGAUAAUCUACAAACAACUACAAGUUAUAUAAAAGGAGUUCAAAGAUACUAUCCUAAAGGCAGCCUAGGUGUGGGGGCUGACAUUAAAACUAUUCGUCACUAUGUACAAUGGCUAAAAAUGCAGUAUGGUGAAAUGGAAGCUCCCAUAAAGUACCAGAAGGUAGAGCAUAUAGGAUACCAGAAAAAUAGCUGCUGGGUGUUAUCGCCAAAUGUGUUGAGAACACCAUGACACCUAUCACAUGGCAGUCAAAAAAGAUUAAAAGAGUUGUGCGUAGCACACUUGCAGCAGAAACAUUGGCACUUGUUAAUGGUAUUGAUGCAUGUAUCUGGGUGAAAAAUGUAAUAAUGGAAAUUGUGAAGACAGAUCUAGAAGGUAUCUUGUGCUACACAGAUAACAAAUCUUUGUAUGAAGCUGCAUAUUCAACAAAUGCUUUAGAAGAUAAGUGAUUAAGAGUUGACAUGGCUUCUCUCAGACAGAGCAUCAAUCAAAAGGAAGUUAUAUUGAAGUGGAUUCCCACCAAACAUCAGUUAGCAGAUGUGUUAACAAAGCAGAGCAAAUAGCACACUUCUACUGAAUGUGCUACAAAAUGGUCAUGAUGAGUAUUAGUGACCAAUCAAAUGUUGUGUUUUCAAAAUGUUUUAUUAUAAAGUUUUUUUGAGUUUUAUUUUUUAGAAUUCAUUGCUGAAACACCACUUAGCACUUAGCAUCACACAACUAAGGACCCAAGAAAGAAUAGUCUUCAGUAACUGUUAGAUCAAGACUUGUAUAGUAGAGGGCAUUGGUGAAAAGCCAAUUUCUCCCCAGGACCACUAUACUAAGCAAGUAGGAGUCGCUAUAAAUUCCUCCCAUAGCAGCAUAAAGUGAACAACGUGCAGAAAAGAAAAUAGAGGGAGAUUGUUAAUCUUCCAUUCUAGGCGAUUACUAAUAAGAAUCAAUUGGUGGUGGGGUUUACUUGUGUUGAACCAAUCUUGCUGGUGAAAUCAUUGUGUUUAUAAUAGUGGUAUUGUGUUGUGUGUAAAUCAAUUGGGUAUAUUUGGUGUUGUGUUAUUAGGAGAACUGUGAAGAUAACCUACAGGUUAAAUGGACGUGUGUUAGAGUUCAAAUUUAAAUCCUGCCCAGAGACAUUCACAUCCAAAUUUGUAAAGGUGUUGCAGGACGAAUUUUUUCCCUUGUUGGAAAAAAAUAAGGGACUUUUUAUUUCAUUUGUGGUUCACCUUCAUGACUUUUGGAAUGAACGAAGUGGACCACUGAAAGAUGAUAUUGUGAACUGUCUAAAAAUGGCAUCUCCUGGGAUGCAGAGCAGGUUGUUGAAUGGAUGGGCAGAAGUUUUCAUUGUUUAUAUCAUGAUGUCAAGCUUCAUCACCACCACCACCAAUGACAAAAUUGUAGCGUCCUUAAAUGAGGUAUUCAUGGGCAAAACUAAAAUUAAAUUUUCAGCAUUGGAAGAAGGCCUGAUGCGAGCAUUGGGCAGAGAUGGAAAUAAAGUAAAAUGUUGGCUGCAUCCCAAUACAUCAUUCACAGAUUUGCAAGGAAGUGAUUGCAAGGCUAUUGCCAUCACAGUGGUGGCAAUGAGCACCAACCCCUUUUUUGCAGAUGUCGAUUUUUCGCAACUAAAGGUCACUCUGCGAAGUCAGUUCGGUCCGAAAAUUUUAACUCCAGUGUACUAUGAAACUGGGGAAGCAGUUAAGAAAAAGGCUAUCAGAGCCUUAAAGAUACCUCAUGUUCAAUUAUCUAAGCAAGUUUUGGACAAAAUUAGAGAAGUGUGUCUUGGUGAAACCAUUACUCCAGUAGUGGAAGAUAAUCAGGAGCAAAUAUUCUCUGCCGAUGUUAUUACUGCUUUUGAAUUGUUAAGAGGAGAUUUGGUGUCGUACUUAGCAGAUUUGCAUCAUAAAAGUAAAACAAGAAAUAUUGGCAGCAAUUUUGAGCAGGUCUUAACGCCAAGGUCUCAGUUGACCUAUAAUAGUCUUCCCACUAGUGAAAAGGCUGUUUUCAGAAAGGGGUUUCAAGCAUGCCAUCGGAAAUUAUUUCCACAAACCAAAGGAAUGGAAUGCUGUCUGCAAGUGGAAAACACGUUGCCACUGUCUGUUGUUUUGAGUGUAGAGACCCAAGUAAUAAACAACUUUGAGGUGGCAAGAUUUGCAGUACAAGAGUACCAUGUAUCAUUUAACCUUGGUGAUGAAAUUCGUGUGUAUCCUGCACAAGUAAAUAGAAAAUUGCAAAUAAAUGGCAGAACAUCAGUAGUUCUCACCCCUGUAAGAGACAGCCAAACAUACUUACUGGUCCUUACAGGUAGCAAAGAUGUCAUUUGUAACACAGAUAUAGAUUUUGAUGUUGGUGUGUCAGAUGAAGCUAUAUCUGUUGUAUCACCAAAGCGAACCAAGACCACCAGUGUCUCACUUACAUCGCCCAAGACGGUGGAAAGUAAAUCAGACAUCUUGCCUACAUCACCUAAAACAGUUGCAACUAAAUCAGCUAUAUCUGUUGUAUCACCAAAGCGAACGAAGACCACCAGUGUCUCACUUAUAUCGCCUAAGACGGUGGAAACUAAAUCAGACAUCUUGCCUACAUCACCUAAAACAGUUGCAACUAAGUCAGCUAUAUCUGUUGUAUCACCAAAGCGAACGAAGACCACCAGUGUCUCACUUAUAUCGCCUAAGACGGUGGAAACUAAAUCAGACAUCUUGCCUACAUCACCUAAAACAGUUGCAACUAAAUCAGCUAUAUCUGUUGUAUCACCAAAGCGAACCAAGACCACCAGCACCUCAGUUACAUCACAUGUACAUAGCACAUUAUCUAUAUCUGUUGUAUCACCAAAACGAACCAAGACCACCAGCGGCGAUAGCGGAAAAAGAAAAAGCGUUAUACUAUUUGACAGCCUGAGCGCUAAUGAGAGGGUGGAAGGGAAGCGGAAAAGAAAAUGAGAUAAAAGACGUGCUGAAUUACCUCCUUUUUUUACUGCGUAAUAUUAAAAUAGCAAGUGGUAACAAACUAUGAAAUGUCGUGCUUCUUUGUUUUGUUUAAUAACUUUUUGUGUCUAGUAGCAUGAUUCGGACAAAUACGUUUUUAAGCGUUUUAAUAAAUGUAGUUUACAUCUUAUGUAAUUUCGGAGAUAUCGUAGAUAUAUAUUACGUUAAUUAUGCUGAACCUUAUUAAGUGCACAAUUUGUCAAGGCUGUUAUUGGUCGAAAAACAAAAAGGACAUAUAUAAAAUCACUGUUUUGUCUAGAAAGUGUUUAAAAUUUAGAACAAUAUCUUUUUUAUUUGAACUUACUUUUGUUUAGUAGUGUUGAAGUGUUUUGUUUUCUUUCUAUUUUGCUUAUUUACAUAGGUUUAUUAUUUUUUUUAUUUUACUAAACAUUUUUUACAAUUACUUGGCAGAAAUAUUUCACAGUCCUAAAGGUUCUGGACUGAUAUGUAGCUCUGCUAAAAUUGUUUAAAAGCACAAUGUAUAUAUGUUAGAAAUCAGAUUAUAUUUGUAUCAGUUA